AUGAAACUAAGAAAGGUUGAUAUAAUCUCUACAGAGUUUAUCAAACCAAUUUCUCCCACUCCAUAUCACCUUAGAUGCUUGGAUUUCUCCAUUUUGGAUCAAUUAUCUCCACUAAUGACUGUUCCUUUCAUUCUAUAUUAUCCUCUUCCUAAAGAACUAGACCUACAGCAUGCUAAGGCUACAAAUUUAUCAAGAUUGUUACUACUCAAGAAAUCCUUGUCCCAAACACUUGCUCGCUUUUACCCUUUUGCUGGAAGAAUCAAUCGCGAUUACACUUCAAUAAAUUGCAACGAUAACGGGGUACCUUUUUCCGAAGCUUUUGCCCAUGAUUACCAUCUUGACGAGAUUCUUGAACAACCUAAUUCUUUUAUGAAGCUACUUCGACGUUUCCUCCCCUACGAGGAAUCAUUACUUUCUCCAACCAUUCCGAUGCUCGUCCAAGUGACAUUCUUCGAAUGUGGAGGGAUGACUAUUGGAAUUUGUGCUUCACAUAAGAUUACAGAUGCACCAACCUUGAACACUCUUAUAAAUGGUUGGGCCAUUGCUGCUCGUCGCAAUCCCAAAGCCAAGAUCUUGGAAUUUGUGCCCACCGCAAAAUUCUUGCCACCUGUUGAUAAUAAUCAACCACAAUUGUUGUUCUUGCAACCUGAAAAAGUAAAUAAUGUCACGAAAAUUUUCUUCUUUGAUGCUUCGUGUAUUGCGAGUCUCAAGGCUAAGACUGUUAGCGAUAGUGUACUAGUGCCAACUCGUGUUGAAGCAUUGUCAGCUCUGAUUUGGAAAUGUGCCAUGGCAACUUUGUCAUCAAAGAAGGAAAAAUCGUCACUUUUGGUCCAUACAGUUAACUUACGAAAACGACUCGUCGUUCCCUUACCAAGUGAUUGCAUGGGAAAUGCCAUCGCGUUGUUCAAGUCAAUAUACAAGGAGAACGACACAAUGGACCUGCCCGGUUUGGUGACUUUACUACGAAAAGGAUUAUUAGAAUUUCGUGACAAAUAUGAAAACAAAUGUAGAGGGCACGAGGUGAUAUUGGGGAUGGUAAAUGAUGCAAAAGAGAUAGGAGCUCAUAUCAAAAGAGAUGAUAUGGAGAUGUACAAUUUCACAAGUUGGUGUCGAUUUCAAUUUUAUGAUGCGGACUUUGGGUGGGGAAGUCCGUCAUGGGUGAGUCGAAUUGAAUUCGAAGCCAAGAAUCACGUCCUAUUUAUAGACACAAAAAGUGGUGGUGGAAUUGAGGCAUGGGUAUCCUUGGACAAGGCAUUGAUGGAGAUUUUUGAACAAGAUAUUGAGCUCCUGAAUGGAUGUGGAGUGCUCUGA